ACUUCCGGUUGAUCGGUAAUUAGUGAAACCUAUGUCCAUAACCUCGAUUUCGCGAUUUCUGUGAGGGUAUCUUGUCAACUUAUAAUCAACUCUACAAGACAUAUAAGAAAGAGAAAGUAGUUCUAACCACCUGCUGUCUAGCCAUAAUGGCUACCAAGUUAAUCAGUUCCUCUGGGCGCGUCACAGCCUACCUGCCUAACUUACGAGCGGCAGUUCAACAUUUCAGAGGCUUUGCAUCAUAUGAUAAAUAUGUUGAAAAAGAAGACAUCGAACCAGAAAGUCGCUCAAGAAACCUUGGAGUAUUCGGUCCAGGAGACAAAAGAUUUCCACUUCCUGGAAAGAUUGGGGUAAAUGUCAAUAACAAGAUCAAGGCUCCUCCCCCUCCCACCCCCCACAGCACCAGCCCCCAAGAUCUGUUUAAGACACACAUCCCUGAGGAACGGCACUCUGUGGUGAUCGAACAGUUGAUCAACCAGGCCAUUGAGUAUGAUGAAGAGUUCCUGCCCGAGCCGGAGCCCAAUCCCAUGGAGCUUCUGGAGUGUGUGGCCCAGCCCUGCCCCCAGACCCUCAGACGAGACGUCCAGGAGCUGUUCCCUAGCCGAGACAUGUCGAAAAGUUCCCUUACAGUGAUCACGAUUAGCCACAGGACGUCACAUGAUAUGAGUGGGUGGAGCCAAGACGUGGAGGAAGAGAGGGAGGGACUGCUAGCCGCGUUUAUCAAAGGCGCCGGUGAUAUCUGUGAGGCCCUCAACAGCUGUGGAUUCUGGGCUGACUUCAUCGAUCCGUCAUGUGGCAAACCAUACCUGAGUAACCACACCAACUCGACGUUCUUCGAGACGGACGAGCGCUACAGGAAGCUGGGCUUUGAGAUCGAGGACCUGGGGUGCUGUAAAGUCAUCAGCCACCACCUGUGGGGGACACACGCCUACGUGGGCAGUCUCUUCACCACCGCCCCCAUGGACCACCCCCUCAUUGCCCUCAUGACCCUGACGAAGACUCCACCCACCCCCGGGGUCAGGUCAAAGGGUCAAGGGGACUCUUCUCUCUGUCAAACAGUUGAGGAGGGACAAGAUAAUUAAUUCUUUUUUUUGUUAAUUAAGGACGAGUGCUGAUUGUGUAUUUACUUGAUGUAUCAUGUAAUUAAAAUCCAGUUUAUAUUUCUGAUAAUUAAGAACGAGUGUUAAUUGAGUAAUUAUGCGCUGCCUGGGAUUAAGGAUGUUAAAGGCUCAGCCACAUGUCAUAGCUUUUUAUCAUUAAUAUGAUUUUGAAUGUGGGCUAUUCAGUUGUUUCCCUUUGUUUUAAAUAAAACUGAUAUGACAGUAAC